AUGGAGAAUGUUCACGGCAACACAGCGAAUCGCCCUGUACGAAGAGGAUCGAGAGGCCAGCUGCGACAUUUGAUCGAGCUCGAGGAAGAUGAAGACAAUCCCAAGAAGAAUCGAACUCCUCUUCCAUACUAUUGCGCAGCUCUGGAAAUGCGAUGGGAAGCAUUCGAGACGCAAUCAACUAGCCACACAGUGGGCAUGAACCUGCUGGAGAAGCUCGCGUCGAUGCGUGCGGAUGAAGAGAUGGAGGAGCCCGUCGCGAAGGAUGUCGUGAUGCAUUUAGUGGAGAGUGGACAUCUCUUGCUGCAUCAACGAUUCCGAGCUGCGUUUGUGGAGCGAUGGGUAGCGGCUGAGGUGAUUGGAUUGUCUGACGGCGACGAGAACGGGAUCAUCAGUGGGCGUUUACGUGCUCUUCAGUCGUGCAUGGAUCUGGUUCAUUUGCUUAGCUACAAGCGCGAGUUCGUGUUUGAUCAAGACGACUGCUCAGUGGCCAAGCUGUACAUCGAGCACACUGUACUCAGCAUGGACGCCGGUACAGGAGCUGACGUUCGUGGUAUCAAGCAGCAGGUGGCUGCGAAUUUGGAGCCACUGCGUUUUGAAGUGGCGAGUGAAUUCUAUAAAGAGUACGCAGUGCACUUACGUACGCUUGGUUUCCGACGUCUUCGGACGCUAGCUACCAGCAGGAGCCAUGCACGUGCCUUCCCUGCGGACCCCAGCGCAGCAAACGAGAGCGACAUACCUGGCAAAGAUGGCUUCUCCGAGUACUUUUACCACCCGGAAAGAGCUGCAGCGGAAGCGGCUGGGUGGACGAAUAGUGCAAGCAAUGACCCUCUCUCCAUCGUGGUGCUUGAGGUGAAAUGCGACAAUCGAGGCGUGCUGCUGACUGCGGUACUUGUGAGUUUGCACGACUUGGAGCAGCAAGAUCUGCGUUUCCAGAAUCGUUUGGCUGCCAAGACUGGGAAGAAGACGACUGGAGUGUCUGGAGCAAGAGUGCAGAGUGUAGCGUCGUGGCUACGUGCUCAACUGCAGACCCAAGCUCUCAUUUACGGGUUCACCAUCAGCUACUUCCAGCAACAUCUUCUGCAGUGGCUUGACGCGCCGCACGACUUCCACGACGCAGAGAAUGGACACGGUCACAGUGUAGGCAAGCAUCUUAGUGAGGAUGAUGCGCUUGUCGUGACCCCACCGCUGCCUUGGAAGAAAGCGUCCACGUUCCAGAACAUCGUCAAGGGGCUUCAAUGA